AUGUACACCAUCAAGUUCAGCCGUUCCUCUUCUUGGCCCAUCCUUCAUUUCAAAUUUCAACAGUUCCAAGUUGGGGAUAUUAAUGAGGCGAAAUUCAAGUUCCCGGAUCUCAUUGAAGACCUAUUCUCGUCCGGCGACCUCAACCGGACAGACCUGAUUUUUGCGGUCGACGUUUUCUCCGCCUCAAAUAAUGAAUCUAUCUACAAUUACUACCAUGUCGGCGAAGUUCAGGAAUAUGCCCUGACAGAAGGGACGCUGGACAAUAUCAAUUGGAAAGACCAUCUCGGUUGGGACACUGAUAUCUCAACAAGCCGGCUCCGGGUGAACAGGAGUUAUGUUUUAGGCUUCUUUGAGUACACAGGCGGUGACGAGGACAAGCAGACACCACAAGUAUACUCGGAUGGCGGAUUCGUCGUCUUGGGCCAAGUACUCGCAAACAGCUCGUGGGCUUACGACAUCCCACUGUACGCAGGACCUCCGAGCCCCCGGGCUGUCUAUCCUCGAUUCCGAGCUCCUGUCUCCGAUUACCACUCGAGAGUGGAUGAAGCCUCACAGCGGAACUGGAUCCUUGUGGAGCUUGUCGGUGCGCCUUGGGAGAUCCCUCGCCUUAUGAACCCUGAUGCCCGUUGGCCGUUGCGUGAUGUACUCGGCGAGACAUUUGUGCGAGCUGCAGAGUACGCCGCGGUAAAGAAUGCUCAAGACAAUCUCUUGGGUACAUUCGUCAGCAACUCAUCAGAAGGGACGAAUAUCACCCUUACCGUGGAUGAAGAUCAACCUGGUCUUGGGAUCAAGUCAUUCUAUACUAGUGGCGAGGAUGCUCUGGGGAACUCCAUGGGGGCGCGUCUUCACCCGACUGGCCUUUAUUCCGGCACAACAUCCUUGGCAUCCCUAUACAAGUUUAACGGAACGAGUCUGACUGCACAUCGCAUGGUUUUUAGUGAGCUCCCGCUCCCUCCCUGUGCUGCCGUAGAAGGAGGCGAUGGCGGCAACUUAUUUGACCAUUCAUUUGCCUGGAUGGGAGUUGGGUUGCUUGGGGCUGGUGAUGGAUUUAUCUUCGAAAUUGUCAACGAACGGCUCAUGAGCAUCAAGACUCUAGAUUCUGAACUCGUAUUUCAUCGGGUCGAAUCAUAG